CUCUACUGGUCACACUACCAGCAGCGCUCUAAUCAGAAAUAGAGAAAAGUCGGGCAUUUGUAUUUUUUACUGACAAAGUGCUGGUGAACAUUUUCACGGAGCACGGAUCUCGGCAAGCGUAACACGGAAUUUGUGCGAAGCGGUCAAGUCAGUUACGGGAAAAUCAAUAGAGCAAUAAUGACCGAAGUGCGUCGCAGGAAGGGGGAGGAGGAGGCUUUGGAGGAUUCCUCCGCCGUUGCCGGAUCCGGAUCGGAGGCAGCCAAGCGCAACUCCGCCGCUGACUCCUCGGACCAUGUUGACUCCGAGGAGGAGAAGAUUCCCGAGGAGAAGUUCGUGGAGGAGCUGGCCAAGAACCUGCCGCAGGGCACCGACAAGACACCCGAGCUACUGGACUCGGCCCUCAAGGAUUUGCCCGAUAGAUGGAAGAAUUGGGUCAUCCGCGGCAUCUUCACAUGGAUUAUGAUCUGCGGCUUUGCACUGAUCAUCUACGGCGGUCCGCUGGCCCUGAUGAUCACGACACUGUUGGUGCAGGUGAAGUGCUUUCAGGAGAUCAUAUCGAUUGGCUACCAGGUGUAUCGGAUUCAUGGUCUGCCCUGGUUCCGCAGUCUGUCCUGGUACUUCCUUCUCACCUCCAACUACUUCUUUUACGGUGAAAAUCUGGUGGACUACUUUGGCGUUGUCAUCAAUCGAGUGGAGUAUCUCAAGUUCCUGGUGACCUAUCACCGCUUCCUGUCCUUUGCCCUGUACAUCAUUGGCUUCGUUUGGUUCGUGUUGUCGCUGGUGAAAAAGUACUACAUCAAGCAGUUCAGCCUGUUUGCCUGGACUCACGUCUCCCUGCUGAUUGUCGUCACCCAAAGCUAUCUCAUCAUCCAGAACAUAUUCGAGGGCCUUAUUUGGUUCAUCGUACCUGUCUCCAUGAUUGUGUGCAAUGAUGUCAUGGCGUAUGUGUUUGGGUUCUUCUUCGGCCGCACGCCCCUCAUCAAGCUGAGCCCCAAGAAGACCUGGGAGGGCUUCAUUGGGGGUGGCUUUGCCACCGUCGUCUUUGGCAUUCUGUUUUCCUAUGUGCUGUGCAACUACCAGUACUUCAUCUGCCCCAUCCAGUACUCGGAGGAAUUGGGACGCAUGACGAUGUCCUGUGUGCCCAGCUAUCUAUUCACGCCACAGGAGUACAGCCUUAAACUGGUGAGUUGUCUUUUUACUAGUUAUUUUAAAAUUAUUUGGAUUAUUAAUGUAUUUUAUUUAUUGUUAUUUAUUUGUUUUCAGUUUGGCAUUGGUAAGACCCUAAGCCUCUACCCCUACAUCUGGCACUCGAUCUCGUUGAGCCUCUUCAGCUCCAUUAUUGGACCGUUUGGCGGCUUCUUUGCCUCUGGAUUUAAGAGGGCAUUCAAAAUUAAGGACUUUGGAGACAUGAUUCCUGGACAUGGCGGCAUCAUGGAUCGCUUCGACUGCCAGUUUUUGAUGGCCACCUUCGUCAACGUUUAUAUUUCCAGCUUCAUCAGGACUCCUUCGCCGGCGAAGCUGUUGACGCAGAUUUACAACCUAAAACCUGAUCAACAAUACCAAAUUUAUCAGUCGCUCAAGGACAACCUGGGCGACAUGCUAACCUAAGCCUAACCGAAGGCUACCUAUUAGAUUCUGACAACAUGUUUGCUUUAGUCAUACGUUCUGCAUAUAUAUAUAAAAUCGAAAUUUAUAUAUACUUGAUGAUAUACAACAACUGUAGGCAUAUACGGGCGAGCGCACUUUGAGCAGCCGCAUAAAAUAAGUCUAAAUUACGUGCAUAAUUUUUGUUAUGUUAUUAGUUUCUAGAUAGAUUUUGUUGCUACAUUUUAAAUUUAUUUUGUAACUUAAGACCUUCCUUUCAGUAUCGGAUUAUCCGCGACUUUACCUUUGUUGUUAAGCGAUUCCAUUACGUUUUAAUGACAAGCAGGACAAAGCAAACAGAACUAUGAAUUUAAUAUUUAGACUAUGUGUGUGUGUGUGUGCGUGUUGUUAGUGAAUUUACUUACUAUUACUUAGUGAAGAUCAGGCAGCAACAGCUGGGGAUUAGCAUAAUUAAAGCGCAUUUUAGUUGGAUUUAAAAGAGAGGAACGAUAUCGAUCAAGUUAUUUCGGGAGCUGUAACUCUAUAUAGUGCAAUAUAUAUGUAGAAAGUAAACAAUUUCAAUUGAAUAUUUAUUAUUUCCCUUCUUUGGUAUAUAAAUCAUCCAUCCUGAACUCACAAAAUAGUUAAUAUAUACGUAUAACCUGAUGAAUUACGAUCUUAAAGGCAUUUACAAAACGAAAUGCAAGUUGGCGGUGUUUGAAAAGGGUUAGACCAAGCCUGAAAUUAAUACAAAAAAUAAUAAAUAAAUAAUACGCGAA